AAUGGUGAAGUCAAACACAGAUGUCAUAUUUGAUAAAAGUAUACCCUAAAUAAAAAAAACCUUGUCUUUGAAAAAGAAAGACAAGCCUGGAAAUGACACCUGUUCACAGAAAUAAUGCCACUGGUUCUGGUCCCAUUGACAUGCAGGGUUCAAAAUAACAGAAUGUAUGCAGACCUGCCCCCCUGUAUUAUCCUAGGUUCUUUUUAUAGCAUGUGAACAGCAGAAAGCAGCUGCCCCCCUAUUUGCCAGUGCCAUUCACCACCUCUAUAUUCUCUGUACUCAUCUCUGCACUCUUACACACAGACUUCAGUCCCUAGCUCUGUUCCUGGCCAACUGGCACUUUAAUUGCAUUAGUUUAUUUUUCACACUCAGCUAAAGCUCAACCAUGGCAGACAAAAAGGCUACCAGCAAGGCAAGUGUGGUAAAAAAGAAAGAAAACAGUGUCGAGAGCAAGGCUGAAAAAGAGAUAAAGAAAAAAUUGGAAAACAAUGCAGAGAGUGACAAACAGAUUAACAUGAAGCCAGAUUCAGAGGUGGAGAAGCCAAAUGGAACUAGUGAGACAGCCCAGGGUGCUCAAGGAGGUGCUGAGGAUGGAGAAUUUCAACUGGAGGCUAUGGAGCUACCUCCCUUUGAGAUUAUUGUAGGAGAACGUCUCAACCCGUCAUUCUUCAAGUUCCAGUUUAAAAAUGUGGAGUACUCUUCAGGCCGAAACAAGACCUUCCUAUGCUAUCAAGUGGAUAUAAAGGGUGACGGAGUAGAACCUAAUGGUCUCAAUGGGUACUUGGAGGACGAGCACUCAGGUUCUCAUGCUGAGGAGGCUUUUUUCCAGCAAGUGUUACCUCUAUAUAACAAAUCGCUGCAAUACACAGUCACCUGGUAUAUAUCAUCCAGUCCAUGUGCAUCAUGUGCAAAUAAAUUAGGAGAUAUCCUGCGGGCCCGAAAAACGCUGCGCCUCAACAUUCAUUGUUCCCGCCUCUUCCUGUGGGAGGAGCCUGAAAUACAGGAAGGGCUGAAGGCUUUGGUGAAAGCAGGCUGCAAACUGAGGAUGAUGAGGCCAGUGGACUUCAACUAUGUAUGGUCCACUUUUGUGGAAAAUGAGGAAGACAGUUUUACACCAUGGGAGGACUGUCAAGAGAACUAUGAGUACUACGAUGAGAAGCUGAUCAACAUUUUGCAGUAGGGAAGCACCUCUUAAAGGACAUCAUUUGCCUCUCACGUUACUUGCAUCUUUUAUCUGCUGAAUUAUUGUUUUGUUCUGUCCACUGUCUGUCUAACACAGAACCACAACUAUGUAUCUGAAUUAUCCCUAAAUCUUAAUGGACAGUUUUGAAGUACACGUACCACAUAGCUGUACUUAACCAACACCUUCUACUGAAUGGAUGUUACUCUAUUAUUUACACUUUGGCAAUUGUACUCUAUAUUAAUUAAAUGGAAUCAAAUUGAGACAGCAUUGUUUUACAUUGGAACAUUUCUGAAUGUAUGCAUUGUGAUUUGUCAUUUGAUACUAAACAGAAAUAAUAACUCAUUUUCUAUUCCA